UCGGGGUAUCAAAGAAGCAGAGCUCAAGAAAAUUACACUGCUCAGAUCCAUGAUCGAUUAAAUAAAAUAUAAAAUCAGGCACGUGAAACAAAACCAGAAUUAAAAAGUAUACAUGGAGCCACCUCAACUUUUGGUUGGUAGCACAUUCACAGCAAGAGACAUGGAAGACAGAUCAGCGAAGAAAGCGGGCUUGAGUUUGGAGCAAGAACAAGGCCAAGAGUUAAGUGCAAUUUGUGUUGUUCGGUAAAACUCAUUAAUACACUCCGAACUCCCCCUGGAGCGCAGAACAUGGACAACGAAUCAUCACAGAAAUGGGGUUUUCAAGUUCACCAAAAGUUCAAGACAGAAUCAGCUAUUACAGUUCGAGCAGCACUUAUUAGCUUAAUGGAAAAUAUUGACCAAAACGACUCAAGACCAACCAUUCCUUUGGGCCAUGGCGACCCCUCUGUGUUUCCUAGCUUUCGAACUGCUAAGGUAGUGGAAGAUGCCAUCAUUGAUGCCGUCAGAUCCACCAAGUUUAACUGCUAUGGACCCUUAUUUGGCAUUCUCCCAGCUAGACGGGCGGUUGCAGAUUAUCUGAACCGAGAUCUUCCAUAUAUGUUGUCACCGGAUGAUGUUUAUCUUACGCUUGGAUGCAAGCAAGCAAUAACAGUUAUAUUAUCUGUCCUUCUCCAUCCUGGUGCCAACAUAUUGCUUCCUAGACCUUGCUGGCCGUACUAUGAAUUUUUCACAAGACAGAACAAUGUUGAAGCUCGCCUUUUUGAUCUUCUUCCAGAAAAGGGUUGGGAGGUUGAUCUCGAUGCUGUGGAAGCUCUUGCAGAUGAGAAUACUGUUGCCAUGGUUAUCAUAAAUCCUGGCAAUCCUUGUGGAAAUGUCUUCACUGACCAACAUCUGCAGAAGAUUGCUGAGACAGCAAGAAAACUUGGGAUUAUGGUGAUUUCUGAUGAAGUCUAUGACCAUCUUACAUUUGGGAAUAAAGCUUAUGUGCGAAUGGGUGUAUUUGGAUCAACAGUGCCUGUUAUUACCCUAGGAUCUAUAUCAAAGAGAUGGAUAGUUCCUGGCUGGCGGCUUGGUUGGCUUGUGACAUGUGAUCCCAAUGGCAUUCUCAAAAAAUCAGGGGUUGUUGAUGCCAUUAGGGAAUAUAUCAAUAUCACCUCUGAUCCUGCAGCAACAUUAAUUCAGGGUGCAGUGCCCCAAAUCCUUGAGAAAACAGAGACAGUUUUCUAUUCCAAAAUCAUUGACAUACUGAGGGUGGCUGCAGACAUUUGCUAUGACAGAAUUAAGGAGAUACCUUGCAUAAAUUGCCCAACGAAACCAGAGGGGUCCAUGUUUGUAAUGGUGAAGCUGAUCCCAUCAUUGUUGGCAGACAUUAAUGAUGAUAUGGAAUUCUGUCACAAGCUCGCUAAAGAGGAAUCAGUCAUUGUUUUACCAGGGACAGUUCUGAGGAUGAAAAAUUGGCUCCGGAUAACAUUUGCCAUUGAACCUUCAGCACUUGAAGAUGGGCUUGGGAGGAUUAAAGCCUUCUAUCACAGGCAUGCCAAGAAGUAGUAAAUCUACAUGAAGUUGUGAGGUGGAGAAUGGUGAUCAAAUUGGCUCGUUGAUCUCUUCCGCUCCACUGUUGACUGCAAAUAAAAUCAUUCUCUGUAUCUGCAAUUCAGUUAAAAUUUAAAAAAAAAAAAAAACUUCCAGUGGUGAUCGGCAACUCCUCGUUGGACCACAAAUGUGAUUUUCCAUUUACAUAAAUCCUUGUUCUUGAUUUGUUCAGUUCACCAUUUUAUCAACAGAAUUCUACGGAUUUCAUCA